AUGGGGCGCGUCAACCGCCGAUCUUCGUUUACCCAAGACACCUCUCACAUCUCUGCAAUCCGAAAGCACAAAAAGUACCCAAUCCUCUCUCAUCGCCAAGCUCAGGUCGUCCCCCUCAACCCGCGUUUCCUCCAGCAAUGCUAUGGCAAUCAAGUCUGGUAUGACUCUCGAUCUCGCACCUUUCGCAAAACCUCCAACGAGAAUAUCAGCCCCCGAGAGCUUGAGCAACACUAUGACAACCAGAUCUGGUACGACCAACGAUGAGGUGUCUUCCGCUAGGUGUCUGAUAACAACCUCUACCAACCAUCCCGGUCAUAUUACAGCAGAUCAAUUGGCUACGAGCAAGCUUCAAGCCGUACUACAAGCUACACCUCAAAUUUCUACCAAUCUUCAAGUCGCUUAGCAAGCUACAGCUCUCGAAACUCUACCCAACGCACCAUUUCCAGCUCCUACAAUUCUGCCACCAGCUCUCGUUCUCGCCGUGGUAUCUCCCGGAACACAUUACACCCUGCCAACAAAUCUGAUGCAGAGUGGCUUGAGGAAAAUGGACAUAAGCGAUUGGUCGAUUUCACCCGAUCUCUCGGUUUGGAUAUAUGGUCUUGGAAGCGAGCAAAGCCGAUCUUGCAUGGCGUUCGCGCUGAGGAGGAGGCGCGCUGGGAGGAAGAGCAGAUGUGGUUAAUGGAGAGAACUGAGAGAGAUGGUGAUAUUAAGAUGACGAUGGAUUGA